AUGUUCGCGCCAAUGCCCCCGCCUCCCGCUGCCGCUGCCGCGGCCUCGAGCGGCUGCGCGGGGGUGGACGCAGACGGCCGACGGAUUCGCCAGAAGACAGGCGAGCCUCCUGCCGUGGACCUGGACGACGAGGAGCUGACGGACGCCGAGGCUGGGCAAGCUGCGGCUGGCGGAGUCGGCCUGGCCGCCCCUGCGGGAGGAGACGGUCGCGCCAAGCUGCCGCCGCCCCCGCAAGACCCGUCGCAGAUGGCGCUCGCUCAGUACAUCAUCAGCGCAGUGACCACCAGCAUGAGUGUGAAGGUGGACGCCGUCGAAGCCCAGGUCUCGGCAUUGCAGACCACGGGGAGUGCCAGCUCGGCCUCCAUCUCGUCCAUCCAGGCGGAGCAGCGGGCCCAGCGUGCGCGACUCGACGCACUGGAGGCGGCCUCGCGAGCUCCGUCGUCGAAUGCCAGCACGGCUGCAGGACGCGGAGGUCCUCUGCGGCCAGGGCUGGGAUCAGGACAGGCGUGCCAGGCCGACCCGUGGAGCGACUAUCUGCGCAGGGGCCCCAACGAGCAACGCCAGUUCGUGGCUCCCCAGGCUCCGCGCGGAGGGAAGAAUACGAAGCAUGUGGUGUUCGUGGCGGGCUUCCCUGGCACUUGGGAUAAGGAUGAGGUCGAGGCCCGCCUUCGAUCGAAGCUGAGUGAGAGGGCGACGCUUGAGUCGCAAGACAUCACGGAGAUUUGCGGCGUCGGUUGCUUCUGUGAUCAGGCGAAGGUGGUCUUCGGCAGCAAUCGGCAGAUGUGGAACUUCAUGAAGGCCUGGAAGGGGAGAAAGAUUCCGUGCCAGGGGGCCAAGAAUGACCAGCUGUGGCACAAGGUAGACCGGGAGCCCCAUGAGGUGGAGCUCUCGCGGCGCGUCUCCUACGCUGUGAGGCUGCUCAGAGAGUGCGGGGAGGCCAAGAACCUCUGCAACGCGGACUCGAAGAUGAAGACCUUCGACGGCGACUGGGGCCGUGGCCAGGUGGUCUUCCGCCGCAGCGGGGGCGAGAGGCCGAUCAGGAUCUUGCAGCGCUCGCGCACCGCGGACUUGAUGGAGAUCUGCACCGAGCCGCUGGCCAAGGCUCUGUUGGACCAGGAGCUAGCAGAGUUCAAGCUCCCCGAGCGGCUCGGGGAGAUCAACGACCCUCCCAGGGAGCGUCUGAUUACAAUGCCUAUUGAUUGCCACGCCAUAGUCAGCUUUGACGCCCAGGAUGGCCUGGGGUUUGGAGACGGAGAGACGUUUGGCCAACACUCGGCCACCAAGAUGACCUGGCGGGGCGAAAUGCUAUUCGACUUGAUGACUGAAUUUGACUUAGUUGCCACCAACACCUUCUCCCGAGGACAGUGGGGGCAAGCUGCGUGCUACUGCGGCAACCGUAAGGAGCCAGGCCAGAUCGACUUCAUGUUGUGCCGCCGCGACUGGCUCACCUCAGCGACGUGCCGGGCUCGCUUCACGGAUGCAGAGCAGAGCGACCAUCUCCCCCUGCUGCUGCGCUGCCAUGCGUCCAAGGCUAUCCCGACGAUCUCCGGGCCCGAGCAGGCCCUCGAGGACGCAGGUCUGGAACGGCCGCCGCGCAAGCCCGUCGCUUGGCAGCUGGAGGACGCCCACUUAUUCAACGAGACGGUCUGUUCGACGCUGCAGGUGCCGUGCUUCCCGACCGCGACGGGCGGCUUCACCGAGGGCGACCUCGCGAACGCGCUGGGCAUCUCCACGGACGGCUCGGCGCGGGGGCGAUGGUGUGGGCAGCGCCGGGCUUCUAGCGCAGGCUGGGGCUUCGCCGUCUACCGCGCCGCCACGCCGCGCGACCAGGAUGAGCCGAUGGUCGAGGCGUGCGGCCCCGUGGACGGCGGGCUCAUCCAGGUGAUCACCGACUCGACGUGCGUCCAGGGGUUCCUCACUGAAGUUUGUCAACCACGCGAGAAUGCACGCUUGGCGAUUCUGGCCGUGCACUUGUGGAAGCGGGCUUCCCUGCUUUUUGACAUGCGCAUCCGCUGGGUCAAGGGCCACAGCGGCAACCUAGGCAACGAGAAGGCGGACUUCUGGGCGAAACGGGGUGCGGACAGGCGGUUCAACACUGCUCAUUGGAGACGGUCAUACCCUGCCCACGACUGGGGAGCGGAAGAGUAUCGCCAACGAGUUAGUGAACACAAGCUCGCCGAGACUAGAGCCCGCAAACGACGUUGCUCCGAGAUAGCCAGGGAGGGUGGCGCCGACACCUCCGCGCAGCUCUUCAACCCGCAGCCGCGGCUGGCCGCGUGCUCCAGACAGGGCGCCCCGUCCAUCUCCGCGCUGUCGACGGCGGUCUCCGCUGGAGGCGGACAUGCGCGCGCGCGGCACCUGCUGGGGCCCGCGGUGGCCAAGGCCGAGCGCGCCCUGAGGGGCCGCUGCAACGCGGUCCACCUGGAGCGCUUGUGCGCGGGGGGUCGGGCCGACAGACCCUACCGCUCGGGCAAGCCCGUCUGCGAGCUGAAGACGGACGACGGCCAAGGCGCCAGCGCCGUGCAGGCCCGCUGCGAGCUGACCCGCGCCUUCUGCGCCAACCUGUUUGCCGACCCGACCAGCGACCAGGCUCUGCCCGCCUGGGUGCGCCGCCAGUGGACCGCCGAGCACCAGCAGGCGGAGGUUCCUCUCUCCCAUCCUCUCCUCAAAGCAGUCAUCGGGCAAUUGAAGAGUAGCAAAUCGUGCGCCGAGUCUGACAUGAUCGUGGCUGAGAUGAUCCAGGGGCUCCAGGGCGAUGCUCUCGAACAGAUCCUUGCGGCGUUUUGCCUGGGACUUUGCAAUCGCGUGGGCGAGUAUGUCGACCAGGCCUGGACGGAGCACGUCGUUCAGCUGAUCCUUAAGAAACCAGAGGCCCAGAAGGUGGCCGAGUUCAGACCCAUCGCCCUGGUUUCGGUGCUGCUGAAAAUCCUGUCGAUGAUGGCCCUGGAGGUCCAGCGCCCUUUCCUGGAUACCGAUCGUUCUGAGUGCCAGUUCGCGUUCCGUCGUAUCUACCAG